CAGCAGUCAUAGUUGCUUAUUAUCCACAUUUUGUUAAGGGUUAUCUUGUUUCAAAACAAACCGGUAAAUGGAAUAAUAUUAGUCCAAGAGAUAAUGUUAAUAAAGCGGAAAAACAAAUGACCCAAGAUGUUUGGCGUAGAGCAAAACGUUGUGAAUCCGCUCAUCAGAAUGGAUUAGAAAAUUUUCCAAUUUUUGCUGCUGCCGUGAUUGUCGCUAAUAUGACAGGAGUACCGGUUUCCACGGUCAAUUUCUUAUCAACCUCCUAUGUCAUCACUCGAGUCAUUUAUAAUUUUAUUUAUAUGAAUAAUGAAUCGGCUAGUGUAGCUGGUUUACGUACUUUGACUUGGGGUGUCUCUAUAGGAAUCUCUUUUACUUUAUAUUUUCUCGCUGCAAGAAAAGGUUUAUCUCCCUAA